AACGCCCAGCAUAUAAAUAUCACUGUCCCAAAGUCUCCUUCGUACCCCCACUCUCAUGUCCGCAUUUAAAUCUGAUCACUGUUCGAUAAAAUUCCUCUGAGAGAAUCCAACCCGAAACCUCGAAGGAGAGAUGGCGAGUUCUCGGCGUCAGCUGAGGGCCAUGCUCCGCAAGAACUGGCUCCUCAAGAUCCGCCACCCUUUCACCACUCUUGCCGAGAUUCUGCUGCCGACGGUUGUGAUGCUGAUGCUGAUCGCGGUUAGGACGCAAGUGGACACGCGGAUUCACCCCGUUGAGGCGUAUAUUCGGAAGGGGAUGUUUGUGGAAGUGGAGAAGAGCGAUAUUUCGCCGAGUUUUGAUAGUAUUCUGAAGCUGAUGUAUCAGGAAAAGGAGCAUUUGGCGUUCGUGCCGGACACAAACGCGACGAGGUUCAUGUUGGAUAUCUUGUCUCUCAAGUUCCCGCUUCUCAAGGAGGUUGGAAGAAUUUACAAAAACGAGUUAGCUCUUGAAACUUACAUCCGUUCAGAAUUUUAUGGCAUUCAUGAUGCUGGCAGGAACUUAUCUAACCCGAAAUUAAGAGGAGCUGUAGUUUUUCACAAGCAAGGUCCUCAAGUGUUUGAUUAUAGUAUACGUCUUAAUCACUCAUGGGCAUUUUCUGGUUUUCCUGAUGUUAAAACCAUCAUGGAUGUGAAUGGACCAUAUCUGAAUGACCUCGAACUGGGAUUUAAUAUUGUGCCAACUCUACAAUAUGGAUAUAGUGGCUUUUUGACUUUGCAAAAGGUGGUGGAUUCAUUUGUAAUACUUGCUUCUCAUCAAGAAGUAAAUAUUAUCAAUCCUGAGAGUAAAGGAUUGCCCUUGUCACAUUCAAUAGAAACUCAGGCUUAUGUCAACCAUCAGUGGACACAGUUCAUUCCAGCAAACAUUAGGAUUGCUCCGUUUCCUACUCGUGAAUACACGGAUGAUGAAUUUCAGUCUAUUGUUAAGAAUGUCAUGGGAGUACUUUAUCUGCUGGGGUUUCUUUAUACGAUUUCCCGUCUAAUUAGCUAUUCUGUCUUUGAGAAGGAACAUAAAAUUAAAGAAGGGUUACGGAUGAUGGGCCUAAAAGAUGAAACAUUUUACCUUUCUUGGUUUAUAACUUAUUGCUUACAGUUUGCAAUUUCUUCUGCAAUCAUUACAGCAUGCACAAUGAGCAGUCUUUUCUUAUACAGUGAUAAAUCACUGGUCUUCACCUACUUUUUUGUAUUUGGUCUAAGUGCCGUGAUGCUUUCUUUUCUGAUAUCUACAUUUUUCUCGAGAGCAAAAACUGCUAUUGCAGUUGGUACCCUCUCUUUUUUAGGGGCCUUCUUUCCUUAUUACUCGGUUAACGAUCCUGCGGUCCCUAUGAUAUGGAAGAUUUUAGCUUCUUUGCUAUCACCCACUGCUUUUGCUCUUGGCACAAUCAAUUUUGCUGACUAUGAGCGUGCUCAUGUUGGUGUUCGUUGGACCAAUCUUUGGCAGUCCUCCUCUGGAGUUAAUUUUUUGGCCUGCCUACUGAUGAUGAUGCUUGAUACAUUUUUGUAUUGUGGUCUGGGGCUAUACUUUGAUAAGGUUCUUCCUAGAGAUAGUGGCUUGCGCUAUCCUUGGAACUUCUUAUUUACUAAGACUUUCUGGGGAAGGAAGGAUGUCUCCUGCAGUCAUGACACAAAGCAAGAGCAGAAAUUUUACAGGGAGGAAGUAGAACCCAGUGGGAAGGGUGCAUUUGAACCAGUAAGUUUCGAUAUGAAACAGCAGGUGGUUGACAGAAGAUGUAUCCAGAUCAGAAAUCUCCAUAAGGUCUUUAUGACAAAGAAGGGUAGCUGCUGUGCAGUCAACUUUCUUAAUCUCACCAUGUAUGAAAAUCAGAUUCUUGCACUUCUAGGGCACAAUGGAGCUGGUAAAAGCACUACCAUUUCAAUGCUUGUUGGUCUUCUUCCUCCUACUUCUGGCGAUGCAUUGGUGUUUGACAAGAAUAUUAUAACAGAUAUGGACGAGAUACGACAGACGUUGGGUGUUUGUCCUCAAAGUGAUGUACUUUUUCCAGAGCUAACGGUCAAGGAGCACAUGGAGAUAUUUGCUGUUUUGAAAGGUGUAGAGGAUCACUGCUUUGACAGGACAGUAACUGAAAUGGUAGAAGAAGUGGGUCUAGCAGACAAAAUGAAUACAGUUGUUGAUGCACUUUCAGGAGGGAUGAAGAGGAAAUUGUCCCUUGGUAUAGCCCUCAUUGGAAACAGCAAGGUUAUCAUUCUUGAUGAGCCAACUAGCGGCAUGGAUCCAUACUCAAUGCGGUCAACUUGGCAAUUGAUAAGGAAGAUUAAGAAAGGGAGGAUAAUAUUAUUGACAACACACUCCAUGGAUGAAGCUGAUGUUCUAGGAGAUCGAAUCGCCAUCAUGGGUAAUGGACAUUUACGAUGCUGUGGAAGUUCCCUUUUCUUGAAGCAUCGCUAUGGGGUUGGUUAUACACUUACACUUACAAAGACUUCUCCUACUACAUCUGUAGCUGCGGAUAUUGUUCAUCGUCAUGUUCCUACAGCUACCCGCUUAUCUGAUGUUGGUACAGAAAUUUCGUUUAGACUUCCUAUUUCAUCAUCUUCUUCAUUUGAGAAUAUGUUCCGGGAGAUAGAAAGCUGCAUAAGAAGACCAGAAGUGGCUGGUGAAUAUAGCACAACUUACGAUGGAGUUCAUGGUAUUGAAAGUUAUGGAAUCUCUGUCACCACUCUUGAGGAGGUGUUUUUGAAAGUUGCAGGACAAAGCAUAGACGAGAUAGAUUAUAAUCAUCAGAUAACCAAUGCUGGAUCUGAUAGCCUGACCUCUGAGAUCUCUCAAACUACUCUUAUAGAACCAUCAGUUUCCAUAUUGUGCUCUGGUGUUUAUGGAAAGUUUCUUAGGCAGAUUUCUUCAGCUGUGGGAAGAAUUUUCGGUUUAACAUUUGCUACAAUCUGCAGUUUCAUUGCCUUCUUUAUAAUUAAGUUAUGUUGCUGUGGAAUGAUUACAAGCUCAACAUUUUGGAAGCAUUCAAAAGCUCUUCUUAUAAAAAGGGCUGUAUCUGCUCGGAGAGAUAGAAGAACCAUUGUUUUCCAGCUGUUAAUUCCAGCAGUCUUCUUGCUUUUCGGUUUACUUUUUCUGAAACUGAAGCCACAUCCUGAUCAGCAUUCUGUGACUCUUACUACAUCAAAUUUCAACCCCUUGCUAACAGGAGGUGGUGGGGGACCAAUUCCAUUCAAUUUAUCACUGCACAUUGCUGAAGAGGUUGCAUCUUGUGUGAAGGGGGGCUGGAUUCAAAAGGAGGAACCAAGAACUUUCAGAUUUCCUAAUCCUGAAAAGGCACUUGCUGAUGCUAUUGAUGCAGCUGGCCCAACUCUGGGUCCAACUCUGCUUUCCAUGAGUGAAUAUCUAAUUACCAGCCUUAAUGAAUCUUAUCAGUCCAGGUAUGGCGCAGUUGUCAUGGAUGAUCAAAACGAUGAUGGAAGUUUAGGUUUUACCGUACUUCACAAUAGUUCCUGUCAGCAUGCUGCACCAACCUAUAUCAAUGUCGUGAAUGCUGCAAUAUUGAGGCAUGCAACUGGUGAUACAAAUAUGACGAUUCAAGUUCGCAAUCACCCUUUGCCCGUGACAAUGUCUCAGAAGUCACAACGUCACGAUCUAGAUGCAUUCUCUGCUGCAGUGAUUGUUAGCAUCGCAUUUUCCUUUAUUCCAGCUUCAUUUGCUGUUGCUAUUGUUAAGGAACGUGAAGUCAAAGCAAAGCAUCAACAGCUGAUCAGUGGGGUUUCUGUAUUAUCAUAUUGGAUUUCAACAUUUUUAUGGGACUUCAUCAGCUUCUUAUUUCCUACAGUCCUCGCAGUGUUUCUAUUUUUCAUCUUCGAUCUGAAUCAGUUUAUUGGAAAUGGUUGCUUUAUUCCAACUAUCAUCAUAUUUUUGGAUUUCGGAUUAGCAAUUGCUGCAUCAACAUAUUGCCUUACCUUUUUCUUUUCUGAUCAUACUGUUGCUCAGAAUGUGGUUUUGCUGGUGCACUUUUUCGGUGGAGUCAUCCUUAUGGUUAUUUCAUUUCUGAUGGGAGUUAUUGAGGCAACAAAAAGUUUAAAUUCUAUGCUUAAGAACUUUUUUAGGUUAUCUCCUGCAUUUUGCUUUGCGGAUGGACUUGCAUCUCUUGCCCUUCGGCGCCAGGGGAUGAAGUUGGGAUCCAGCGGGGAAAUUUUUGAUUGGGACGUGACUGGUGCCUCUAUUACAUAUUUAUUUGUUGAGAGUAUAGCAUAUUUUCUUCUUACAAUUGGGCUUGAGUAUGUUCCGCAUUACAAGCUAAAGUUCUCUGGAAUCGGAACAUGGUGGGAUCGUCUUAUUUCUUUUCAGCCCGACAUAUCUCAGAGUUAUUUUCAGCCUUUACUGGGAUCAUCUGAUGGUGUAUCAAACUCGGUAGCUGACGAGGAUGUAGAUGUUGUAGCAGAAAGGCAUAGGGUAAUCAGUGGAUAUGCUGAUAAUGCCAUACUAUACUUGUAUAAUCUGCGGAAGGUUUAUCCUGCACAAGGGAGUCAUGCUGCAAAGGUUGCAGUUCGCUCCUUGACUUUUGCUGUUCAGGAAGGAGAGUGCUUUGGUUUUCUAGGAACAAAUGGGGCUGGAAAGACGACAACAUUGUCAAUGCUGACCGGGGAACAGUGCCCGACAGAUGGAACUGCAUAUAUUUUUGGUAAUGACUUGCGGUUGCAUCCCAAGGCUGUCCGUCAACAUAUUGGUUACUGUCCACAGUUUGAUGCUCUUCUAGAAUUUUUGACUGUUCGUGAACAUCUUCAACUAUAUGCACGAAUAAAGGGUGUACCUGAGAUUAAUUUAAAUAAUGUUGUUGAUGAGAAGUUGACAGAGUUCGAUUUAUGGAGGCAUGCAGAUAAGCCAUCAUAUUCACUUAGUGGGGGUAACAAACGCAAGUUAUCCGUUUCUGUCGCAAUGAUUGGCAAUCCUCCCAUAGUGAUUCUUGAUGAGCCUUCUACAGGUAUGGAUCCUAUCGCCAAAAGGUUUAUGUGGGACGUCAUAUCUCGGUUAUCUACUAGGCGAGGAAAGACAGCUGUUAUACUAACAACACACAGCAUGGAUGAAGCUCAGGCUCUCUGCACAAGGAUUGGAAUUAUGGUGGGUGGCCAACUCAGAUGCAUUGGGAGCCCGCAGCAUCUUAAAACACGUUUUGGGAAUCAUCUUGAGCUUGAGGUAAAACCCACAGAGAUCAGUCCCAUUCAGAUAGAUACUCUUUGUAGAAGAAUACAAGAAACCCUUUUUGACUUUCCAAGUAGUACGCGAAGCAUACUCGGUGACCUUGAAAUUUGCAUUGGUGGGAUUGACUCAUUAUCAUCAAAUUGUCUAUCAGAAAUCAGUUUAACACGGGAAAUGAUAAUUUUAGCUGCGCGUAUGCUGGGAAAUGAAGAAUCCGUUUUGACACUUGUAUCGUCUAAUCCUGUUACUGAUGGUGCUUUUGGUGAACAAUUGUCAGAGCAACUUAUUCGACAUGGUAGUAUAGCUCUGAGAAUAUUUUCUGAAUGGUGGCUGGCCAAGGAGAAGUUCUUGCAUAUUGAUUCAUUCAUUCAUUCUUCAUUUCCUGGUGCAAUAUUUCACGGUUGUAAUGGAUUAAGUGUUAAAUAUCAGUUACCGUAUGGGGAAGGUUCCUCUCUUGCGGACAUAUUUGGACAUGUGGAGCAUAAUCGGGCUGAACUAGGGAUUGAAGAAUACAGCAUCAGUCAGUCCACACUAGAGACUAUCUUUAACCAUUUUGCUGGAAUGCCAUGAGCACAACAUUUUUGUUGCUGAAUUUUGAUCUAUUAUUUGGUCAUUUAUCUUUAGAGCAAAGAAUGAUAUACAAAGAGGUUUUUUGUGAGAAUCGAUAAAGCAGAGAAUCAUACACAGGGCCUGGAAUGGCGUUCGGUGUGAAAUUUGCAAGGUUGCUGCAGAUUCAAAUUGGGUGCUGUUGAUGUUUGCCUUGGUUGCACACAACCGCACAAGGUUUCUUUAGACUGUCCCUUUUCUUUUAUGGAAAAUUAGGCUUCUUUUUUCUUCUUCAUGUUUCCUUACCUGUUGGCGAGAGUUGAGUCUGUGUAUAUUGGUUAGGAGCAGUAUAUAUGUAUUUGUACAUAGAUACAAGUCUUCUUGUAUAAACAUGCUUGGUGACAUAAGUGAUUUGUAAUUAAAAACUGAUUUGGAAGUUACGUGGA